AUAUGCGUUCUGCAUUGCAAUUUUAUACAAACCGAUUGAAAAAUAGAAACAUGUAAUUGCAAGUCCAACGAUAUUGAGCUUUUGCAUAAUCGUAUCUUUUUGUUUUCUUCGUUUUCUUCGAUCAUGUUGAGUUUUUGCACAUUCGAUUUCCAGUAGUAUUGACUGAGCAACCGAGAAGCAAGGGAGAACAUCGGCGAGGGCCAGGGAACGCUCUAAACCCUUAAUUUCUCUAUUCGGGUUUUAAUGUCUCCAUAGAUCUACCUAAACCUCCUGGGGAGGAUUUGAGUGGAUAUGGCGCUGAAUGAAACUUCGCAGACCUUGGGAAUUUCAAAUGAUGAUGCAAGUCAUACUCAGGAUAACAUGGUCCCUGAUAUCUUGAAUAAUUGUUGUGCUGAACCUGAACCUGUUGUCGAUGAUGAAGAAGUUGGACGCACACUGGAAGUUAUUGCAUCCACUGGGAAAUUUUGGCAUGAUUGGGAAAAAUUGAAGGGCAUGCUAUCCUUUAAGCUGAAGCAGGUUUUAUCAGAAUAUCCUGAGGCAAGAAUGACAGCUGAUGAACAAAAUGCUUCUUUGGGGGAAAUGUACACACAGUUGGUAAAACGGUUGGAUGAAGUGCUUCAUAGUUUUGAUGAAGGGCCACCAUUCACUUUGCAAAGGCUAUGUGAGAUCUUAUUGGCUGCACAGAGUAUCUAUCCAAAUCUCUCAAAGCUUGCUCUGGCACUAGAAAAGAAUUUGUUAGUAUCGUCUACAUUGAACGUCUGUGUUGAUCCAUAUCCACAAACAGCAAUGCGGAACCCUGAUGAACCAAACACAGCCAGUGAAGAGCCAUUAUUGCACUCAAAUUUGGUUCCAAAUGGGGUUGAACCCAUGGCAGCUGACAGUAAUGAGAUGAUUAUGGAGGUAGAGGGGGGAGAUAUUAAUGAUAUGGCUCUCGAUAUGGAAGCAAUUGAUGAUAUAGUUAGAUCAUCAGAAACAAAUUCAGUGCCCCCUGGGUCUUAGUCUUGUGGUGAGUCCUUCUCAUCAGUAGGACAACUAGAAGCCUCAUGUACAUGUUUCUUGUUGAGAGGGAACUAGAAACUGUGGCAAAUAUAUAUUCUUUGAGAAUACAGACAGUGCGGAGAGUACAUUGUGUUCUGAUGGUUUUCUAGCCUUCAGCUCAGCUGCAGCAAGGGGUAUCUUAAGUUGGUAGAUGGAAUGACAGCAAAUAUUUCUGUUCACUGAUUUGCCAGGAUGCUGUAUUUGGUAAACCAUUUUUCCUUUAAAGGUUUGAUGAUGGAAUAUGUGCCUUUUUAAACAUUGAAAGAAAUGAAAGAAAAUUUGUGGACAAGAAGAUGCAAGUUGUGUUAUUUGUGUUUGAAGCCGAAGUAGGAUCGUUUAUUUGCAUAUUCCGUGUUGAUGCAGCGAUCAUGCAGUUGAGAGUUUGUGAUUCCAAAUCUUCCGUUGGAUGAGAUGAAGGGAUCCAGCUUUUUAUUAUUUUUUUUAGAUGGGGGAUGCACAUUAUGUGUUCAAAAACAGCAAUAUCUACAUGUCAUAUGCCAAUUCACAUUUACUCAUAUAAUUUUGAAACUUGUUAUGAUUCCUCAAGAUUGAAAUCUAAA